UGAUCCGUCUGAUUCCAUUCAAUCACGUCGUGGUUCUAUUGGCUCUUUUCAUAAUUGAAAUUUUGCUACGGUUGAGUGAACAUCAACACAGACAUUUCAGUAAAUUGCAGACUUUUCUCUAAUUUUUCGGUGAACAAUUUUCAGCAGUUAAUUCUGUGCUAACAGGACGUGUAUUUUGUGGCAAUACGCUAAUCGUCGCUCGUCAUAAUUCAUAACCUCAAACUCAACUAGCUUUUCGUCGCCACUGUUUUUGCAACAUGACUUCAGGCGAGGUGUGUGCAACAGAUGACUUCUGGAAUCAAGUUGAGGCUCAAGUGAGAUGCACCAUUCCGACUUAUGUGAAAAAUCUGUUGAGAUUGCGUGGCUAUGACAACGCAUUAAGCGUUAAAGCGCUAACCGACGAAGACUUGAAAUCGCUCGAGACGUUCGCUCGAACGAAAAUGUGGAUGUACAUCCCGCCUGGUGCGAAUGACAAGGACUAUUACCACAUGUUCUCGUCAGACCCGGAGUCUUUCGAAAUUCUACCGGGCCAUGUCAAGAUGUUGAAGGAAAUCGCCAAACAAGUUGAUGUCAUAGCGCACGACUCAGCCACUUCGGUUUAUACCGUUUCAAGAACUAGCUCCGAAAUCAAUAACUCCAGCCAAGAAGGUGACAUUCAACUUCACCAUUCGAGUAAAGAAGAACGUGACGAUUCCAUCGUACCAUGCAAAACACAACGGGAUGACAUACCCCAAACUGGAGCGACAGUUAUCAAGGAACAGGAACCAUUUAAGGCUUUCAUUGUUGAUGGAUCGCCGGAACAGUUUUACAUACAAUUGGAGAGCAAUCAGAGCGAAUUGGAUCGAAUUGAAGCUCUGUUGAAACCUGCACCUACAUGGGCUGUCUUCAAUAAGAAGCUGAUUGGCCAGAUGUGUGCAGCUCUUUUCGAUGGCUGUUACUAUCGAGGCAUUAUCUUAUCAUCGGAUGACAAAGGUGCAACCGUCCACUACAUUGACUACGGGAACAAGGCGAUUUCAACCGAUCUACGAAAGCUGCCCGACAAUCUUCAACACCUCAAACGUUUGGCCAUUCUUUGUCGUCUCGAAUCGAAGCAUGGAACAUUCAGUCCGCGGCUGAUUGAGAAAUUUGAAAGUUUAUCGCGGGACGAUGUGUACGAAAUGAAAUUCGUUUCGAUGGAAUCUAAUCCGGCCGUUGUGCAGCUAUUCGUCGAUGGCUUAUUGUUUGCGGAAAAUGAGGACACAAUGAGUGUUCCGGCACUCAAUGGUUUCGAUAAACAAUUCGACGACAUCGCGGAAUCGAAUAAAAAAUUCGACGAAAUUCUCGACAAGAUGAGUGAGUUGGUGGUACAAAACCUGCCUUCAACCCAUCUAGACGAAACACCAUCCACGACUUAUGAAGUGCCUAAAUUCGCUUGUCCAACGUCUCUGAAAGAUGGGGAUUUAGUUGUCAUCCGUUAUGUGGAAUCACCAACACUAUUCUCUGUGCAGCUAACCACAAGCAUUGCCGAAUACGACGCCAUGAUGGAUAGACUAUGUGACUACUGUCCGACUGCGCCAACGAUUCUCAAACCCCAAAUCGGUAUGGCUUGUGCAGCUUCGUACAAGAACGAUUCGGAAUGGUAUCGGGCUGAAAUCCUGAACAUCGGCAGAAAGGACGCAUUGACCAGAUUCGUUGAUUAUGGCAUCGAACUGAGGAUUGAGAUCAAUAAGUUGAAGGAAAUUGGCAACGAAUUUCUGCUGAUGCCGAAGCAAGCGAUACCCUGCUGCAUACUCGGAUUCGAGUCUCUCAAAGCAACCAGGACAGUAAUCGAUAAAUUCGAAUUUUUGGCGGAGCACUCAAAUGGUGAUCGACGUAAAUUUCAAGUAAGCACAUUCGGAACUGUUAAUGGCACCAUAUUGGUCAAUUUGGUUGACGUAAAGGCAGUCCCAGUCUUGGACUUGUCAAUGCGUUUGAUGCAAUUGAGCUUACCGCAAGAAAAGUUCCGUGAAUUCCGACAACAAGCACUACAGAAAAGAGAAUCAACACGACAAUCGACAACACAGUCUGCAAGAGAAUCGACACCACAAUCGACGAUACAGUCGGCAAGGGAAUCGACACCACAAUCGACGAUACAGUCGGCAAGGGAAUCGACAUCACAGUCGGCAAGAGAGUCGACAACACAAUCGACAUCACCAAUUUCGGAUUGCCGUGCCAUUCCAAAUUCACGAAAUUCAUCAUGUUCACACGAUCUAGGAAGUAGCAUGCAAGUUGCAGAUAUCGACAUAGACCGUCUAGUCGGCCAGACUGUGUUGGCAAAAAUUGUAUCCUUCCAAGAUCCGAAUUCUUUCCAAAUCGUCAUAUACGGCUGUGAAACAACUUUUGCUGCUUUGUAUCAUAAGACCAGCUCUAGCUCAAGGCAUUUUGACACGAAAUUACCGAAAGGCGCAACGAUUCCAAUUCGAAUUGAAUCCGUAUUGGUUAGAAAAGUAUUGUCCGUUACUCCUUUGAUCGGCGAAACAUCUUCAUCUCUCAUCUGCAAUUUGCCAUUUUUCUCGAACAACUUCCAAGUGUAUGUGAUGCAUUGGGAAGCGUACAACGUUGCCUACGUUCAAAGCCUAACUGCGCUAGGUUUGGUGGAAUCGUUGCUGAAUGAAUUAUUCGAGUUCUAUGACGAAAGCGACGGUCUUCUGCAAGAAUGCGACAUAAUGGGUGACCAACGGAAGGUGUUUGCACCGGGAACGUUGUGUGCUGUGAAGUCAUCAGAUGAAAACUGGUACCGCGCGGAAAUCAUUUCGGAUACGCAGUCCGAUGUCAACGUUCGAUAUUUGGAUUAUGGCAACUGUGAGUCGAUUCCGAAGAGCCUCGUCAAGCGAUUGGAUUCGAAAUUUUUCAACACUCCUGCCUUGGCCGUCAAAGUGUACUUGCCGCUGCAAAAAGUGUACAGCGACCGAGAAACAUCGGUGGACGAAAUUGUGAAAUUAACUGCGGGCAUCUCACUGGACCUAAAAGUUCUGGAAUUCUGCGAUCGAAGUUGGAUCGUUGACAUGUUCAUAGACGACGACAGCAUUACCACGACAAUUAAGCAGAAAAAUUGUUGCAAAUCGAUGAGUAUCGACGACCUGAAGAAGCAAAUCGCUCACAUUGAAACGCUGCAGAAGGUUGCUCGAUUACAGGCUCGAAAAGAGAAAGAAAAUCAGGACGUUAAGUCGACGCCUGCAGUUGCAAAUAAUGUGCGCAGUGACCCCGUACCACCGAAAUCUGCACCAGCAAGCGUUCAACGUAUUCAGCCGGCGAAUGAACACAAACCGAAUUAUGUCAACGACGGAAAAAUAUCCAAGGCGAACGCCUAUAUCAUUCAUGUUAAUCGCCCUGAUCGAUUUUAUCUGCAAAUGUCGUCGAUAAGCACGGCUUUAGACGAACUACGAGAGGAAAUUCAAAUCGUCGCUCCGUCACUACCUCCUCUAGAAGAUUUUUCCACGGACACACGUUGCAUUGCUCGGUAUUCCGUUGAUAAUCAAUGGUACCGUGCUACCAUCAUUGAUUCCGGCUCAGGCGUUACGUCGAUUUUAUUCAUCGACUAUGGCAACACGGACACCAUCACCGACAAUAGCUUAAUCAAGGCAACGACAGAUGCAUUCGAUCAGUUACCAGCAUUUGCCAUUCCGUGUGCAUUGCCGCUAGAACCGAAAGAUCGAAUGGAGUGGAGUCAGGAGGCGUGUGAAGUGCUGACAAAUUUGAUGGACAGAGAAUUGGAGUUCGAGUAUGUUUGCAAGGGAAAGUCCAACAAUUUGGUCAAUUUGUACGACGCAGAUCGGGAUAUAAUGCAAGAGCUGAUCUGGGCUGGUCACGCCAUCAAAUUGGAGUCGAUUAGAAGCGGCACAAAUUGUUACGUCAGUCAUAUCAACUCGAUAUCAGACUUUUACAUCCAAAUGGAAAGUGACGUAGACACCCUGCGAAAAGUCGCUGACUACCUGCUGGAUGUUUCGAAAUUCGAAGUGAUGCGAAAUAUCAAGGAAGGACUCGCCUGUGCAGCCAGAGAUCCGCACGAUAAAUUGUGGUAUCGAGCCAGAGUACUGUCAUGCAAAGCAAACGCAACCGAAGUGUUUUUCGUCGAUUAUGGCUACUCGACGAUGACGACUGAACUUCGAAUUCUUCCAACGCCGAUAGCAAACGCCCCUUCUCUCGCAAAGCAUUGUUCAAUGGUGAAGCCAAAGGAAAUUCCGUAUUGGCCGGAGCGAGCCGAACGCCUAUUCGCUGAAUUAACUGACGGUGGAGCCAUCUUCAUAGUGGAAGUUCUUAGUCCCGGAAAGAAAUCCACUAUCAAUCUGUUGGUCGACCAUCGAAGCAUUUUGGAAGAAAUUUCCCCCGUUUGUGAUAAUUAUUCGGCUAACCAACUGGAGACUACGAUUGAAAGCAGUGACAGCGCUGCUGCAAAAUCGGAAAUAUUUAAAGCUUUCAUCAUUCUUGGUUCACCGAGCGAAUUUUACAUUCAAAUUGAGAGCGAUUCCAGCAAACUGGAUGAAAUGUGGUACGCGCUGGAACACGCGUACUCAUGGCCUGCACUCGGAGAGGUCGUCGUUGGCCAGAUGUGUGCUGCUCUUUUCGAUGGAAAUUUCUACAGAGCAAAGAUAUUGUCAUUGGGCCGAGGAGGUGCGCUCGUCCACUAUGUUGACUACGGAAAUCAGUCAUUUUCGACCGACCUUCGACAACUGCCCGAAAACCUUAAGCAUCACAGACACUUGACGAUUUGUUGCUGUCUGGAAUCGAAGUACGGAACAUUCAGUUCGCAAAUGAUUGAAAGAUUCGAGAAAUUGUCCAGGGACGACACCUACGAGAUACGAUUCAUUUCGCAAGAAUCCAGCCCGGCCAUUGUGCAACUGUUUGUGCAAGGCGAGAAAUUUUAAGUAGACAAAUUGAUUCAUGGUUAGCGUACGCCAGUCAUUAUCACUACAUUUUGAGCACAAAAAUUUCCAUUUUCAAACAUCAAGUUUCUUAUGCAGCUGCAGAAGCACUCAAACUGAAAUUCAAACAUUUUUCUUUCUGACAGCAUUAGAACAACGGAAUUUAUAAGGCAAAACGACUUCGAAAUAAAAUUUUUCGUUCCAUUUAUUGUCA